UAUCUCCUUAAGAAUAUCAGAGAUGGAAAAGCUGCAAAGAUGUGCUUAUUUAGGGGAAACCACAGAUUUCAAAUCAGAGCUGAUUAUGGAUGAGAGCAUCCAUAUUGGAGAAAACCCAUACAAAUUAUCCGAAUGUGGCGAAAGUUUUGAUCAGAACAGCUCCCUUGUGGUUGAUGGAAGGACCCACUCAGGAAAAAACUCCUACAAGUUUUCUCAAUGUGAUAAAAGCUUUGGCAUGCAUGGUGACUUGGUAAUACAUCAAAGGACUCACAACAGGGAGAAACUGUAUAACUGUCCAGAUUGUGGGAAGAGUUUCAUUGGAAAUUCCCACCUUAUGAGACACCUGAGGACUCACACAGGAGAGAAACCCUUUGAAUGUCCUGAUUGUGGGAAAAGUUUCAGUCAGAAUUCCACCCUGGUGAAACACCAGAGGACUCACACAGGAGAGAAACUCUUUGACUGUCUUGAUUGUGGGAAAAGUUUCAGUCAGAAUUUCAACCUGGUGAUACACCAGAGGACUCACACAGGAGAGAAACCCUUUGAAUGUCCUGAUUGUGGGAAAAGUUUCAGUCAGAAUUCCAACCUGGUGAUACACCAGAGGACUCACACAGGAGAGAAAUUGUAUGACUGUCCUGAUUGUGGGAAAAGUUUCAUUACAAAUUCCCAUCUGGUGAUACACCAGAGGACUCACACAGGAGAGAAACCCUUUGAAUGUCCUAUUUGUGGGAAAGGUUUCAGUCAAAAUUACAGCCUGGUGAUACACCAGAGGACCCACACAGGAGAGAAACCCUUUGAAUGUCCUAUUUGUGGGAAAAGUUUCAGUCAGAAUUCCCACCUGGUGAUACACCAGAGGACUCACACAGGAGAGAAACCAUAUGAGUGUCCAGAGUGUGGGAAAAGUUUCAGUCGGAAUUCCACCCUGGUGAUACACCAGAGGACACAUACAGGAGAGAAACCGUAUGAAUGUCCGGAGUGUGGAAAAGAUUUCAGUAGUAGGUCUAGUCUUCUAAGUCAUGUAGCUUUACACACAGGGGAGAAACCUUUCAGAUGUCCGGUGUGUGGACGGUACUUCAUGCGUAAAUCAUCUCUUAUUGCACACAAGGAAAUCCACACAAGGCAAAAGUUGAUGAGUUUAGAGAAGACUUGAAUUUAAUUUCUGAUCUCUCAUUGAGAAUGUAGGUGAGAAAUUGACUACAG